GCCCAAGGCCGCUCCCCAAAACAAAAGGCCGAGACGUCGUCGCAGCUUUCAGAAACCCCAUCGUCUUCAGAGCAAAACCGUGAAACUGAAAAAAUGGCAGGCUCCGGGUCCACCGGCGGGUCGGGUCAGUUGUCCAACCCAUCGUCGGCUUCUCUUCCUCCCAAAAUCCUGUUAGCCAAACCGGCCCUUGUAACUGGAGCCCCGGUUCCCGGGAAAUUCUCCCGUGGCGGCGGCGGCGGCGCCGGUGUGGACGACGAUACGGCGUCGCUUCGGUCCCGCCUACCUUCGAUCGGAUCACUCAACCUCCUUUCGGAGUCCUGGGACUUCCACAUCGAUCGCUUCCUUCCUGGCUGUUGGAAAUUGAAGUUCUUGACGGAGAACACGGAUUUCGCGGUGAUCGGAGUGAUUGGACCGCCUGGGGUGGGGAAGUCGACGAUCAUGAACGAGCUCUAUGGUUUUGACCCGACUUCGCCUGGAAUGUUGCCACCAUAUACAGUACAGUUGGAGGAAGUGAGAGCAAUGGCAAGACAUUGCAGUAUGGGAAUUGAACCCAGAGUCUCUGCUGAGCGCCUAAUCCUUUUGGAUACCCAGCCUGUGCUAAGUCCUUCUGUUUUGGCUGAGAUAAUGAGGCCUGAUGGCUCAUCCACCAUUCCAGUUCCGGGUGGUGAAUCCUUGUCCGCUGAGCUGGCUCAUGAAAUUAUGAGCAUUCAGCUUGGCGUACUUCUGACUUCCAUUUGUCACAUUUUGUUGGUUGUAUCGGAGGGAGUUCAUGACCAGAGCAUGUGGCGUCUGAUGUCCACGGUUGAUCUAUUGAAACAUGGCAUACCUGAUCCGUCUUCACUAACCCCUUCUCCGUCUCAAAGCUCUACUACCUCAGGGCCCGAAAAAGACAGUAAAGAUAAAGUCCAUGAAGCUGGAGAGUAUAUGGCUGCUCCAAUUUUUGUGCACAUGAAGCUACAAGAUCAAGAUCUUACUGUGCAUAAUUGUGAGCAACUGAAGAAGGCAUUAACACAUUAUUUCAGCACCUCAUCUUUCAUGAGUGAGAGGCAUGGAAAUGUGGCCAAAGAGCAAUCGUUCUCCUCUGUGGCUCCUAGUGCUCAAAGUGGGGAUCCAGAUUCUGUGGCUCCAAAUUUGUUCGUAAUCCCAGCUAGGAACAAAGAUGAGUCCCCUAUUAAUCAGUAUGAAAGUCAUACCUCUGUGCUAUGGAAAUUGCGCGACCAGGUUUUAUCUAUGAAUCAUCUUUCAUUCUCAAGGACUCUGAGCGAGCGUGACUGGUUGAAGAAUUCUGCCAAGAUAUGGGAACUAGUGAAGAACUCUGCAAUAAUUGCAGAGUACAGCAAAACACUUCAAAAUUCCGGCUUGUAUAGGAGAUAGUCAGUCCCCAGCAUUCUGUUUUCUCGUGUACUAGCAUACAUUAAUUAAUGGGUUACAUUUGUAUCUCUUGAAAC